AUGGCGAGCCUAGAUGGAAACACCGACACGGCUGUGGACCUGGCCGGCGGACUCCGAGCGCAGCCGUGCAACACAUGCUGCCAUUACAUUCACUACGUAAACUGUGUCAGUCAGGCCUUUUUUGGCCACAUUCAUGCGAGUGCUGCUCACACUGUACUCAUGAUCAUGGCCUUCGAUCGAUAUGUGGCCAUUUGUAAGCCCCUCAGCUACUCCACCAUCAUGAUCAACAGGAUGGUGGUGAAGCUGUCUGUGUCGGCCUGGAUGCUGCCUGUUGUUAUGGUAUCCAUCCUGCUGGGCCUCUCCAUCCGUCUGUCACGCUGCAGGAAGGUUAUCAUUAACCCGUACUGUGAAAAUGCCUCUUUGUUUAAACUGUCAUGUGAAAGUGUCCUCAUCAAUCAAAUCUACGGUCUCGGCUACACUGUGGUUCUGCUGGGCUCAUCUAUGGGCAGCAUCACACUCACCUACUUCAAAAUUGCCGCAGUGUGUUUGAGCAGGAGAAACAAAGUCCUGAACAGCCGGGCACUACAGACUUGUGCAUCUCACCUGACUUUGUAUCUCGUCAUGUUGGUGACAGGCAUCGUUAACAUUGCCCUGCACCGUUUCCCCGACUUAUCGGACCAACAGAAGCUAGCGUCCAUUAUGUACCACGUGGUCCCUCCUGCACUCAAUCCUGUGAUUUAUGGGCUGCAAAUCCAAAUGGUCAGAGAAAUUCUUGCAAAACCAAACUUUCACCUCAAAACAAAAUCGAGCCCCGAGUUGAUCAAAAUUAAAACCCUACUGAGCAGUCUAUAA